AUGAGAAGCAACACCCCGACUCAACCCGUCAAUCGUCUUCGUCAUUUCCCGUAUAAGAACGAGAACAUGUAUUUCGAAAAUUCGAAAAUGGAUGAGAAAUACAGAACGAUGACUCAACACAAUCCAUUUUCAACUCAUGGUCAACCAAGUAACCAUCCAUCGGAAUAUUUGCCAGAAUCAUUCUUUGGAUACGAGAAUCAUACUUCUCCAUUUCAUCAAGAACCAAACACUUCACUCCAAAUGUAUCCAACUCCUACGGAUGAUAUGGGAAAUGAUUGGAUCAAAAGAGAAGAAGACCGAGAAGAUGAAGAAGAAGAUGAAACACUUCCGGUAAUUGGAAGAGGAAAGAGUGCUCUAAAACCAGCGAGGAAGUACAUGAAAAAGUCUGAAAAAGAAAGGAAUGAUCCAAUCUAUCGUGACGCUCGUGAUAGAAACAAUGCUGCAGUGAGAAAGACUCGUCAGAAAGCAAAGAAGCAACAAGAGGAGGAGAAGAAAAAGUUUGAGGAAUUGAAAAAGGAAUAUCAACUUAUGAAAAAGAAAAAUGAAGAAAUGGAGAAGAAAAUGUGCAAAGCUACAGCGGCUAUCAAUUUGAUUCAAAAUUUUAAGCGCGAGUUCCACAAUCAUCCAUUUCGAAUUUCUUCUGAUAUCUUCCCGUCGCUCACCGAAAUGCUCAACUUCGCAUAA